AUGCGUCGAGAGAAGCUGCAGACCGCACCAGAGGAGGUGCAACGAGUGUUGAGAAGUUUCGGGCAACUAGCGGACGACUGUGGCGUAACCUUGCUGCUGACCGAACAUGGCAUGCCCAAGUACAUCAUGGAGCUCAAAGACAGCACGCGGUUGUUCAUGGGCAGCAUCUUCGGAGACUCGAAGGACUCCGACAACGUGCUCGCCUCCAUGCGUGCUGCGAACUCUGCGGCCGGCUUCGUGCCGACGUCGGUAUCCAUUGGCGGAUACUUCUCCACAGCUUCGGGGGAGCUUCUGGUGGACGGGGAUCGUGGACGAAGGUGGAUGCUUGUGCCAUGCUUUGAGGAGAAGCAGUCCCUUGCAUCGGACAAGUACACUCCAGUGAGUGAAUGCUCAUACAAGCUGCCCGUCACGCUUGGUGCUUUGCACACUGCAUUGCGUGCAAGUGGCACGAGCAUCGAGGGCCUGAAGUACCACGCCGCUGUCGCAAGCUUUCAUGCGGCCCAGGCGAACCUGCACAAGUCCAUGGCCUCAACAACGAUGCCAGCGGACCUGAGGCCGAUCCUUGAACCUCUGGAGCAGUGUCUCAGGCAGCUGAGGGAGGCGGACGUGGCAGCCUUGGAUGCCCUGCCCCGGCAGGUGAUCCACGGGGACUUCCAGCCCAAGAAUCUGAUGCUGAGCCCCGAUGGCUCCCGGAUACGCAUCUGUGACACAGAGACCAUGACCCAGGGCCCCCGAAUCUACGACCUGCUCUUCGUCUUCAUGGGCAGCGACGACGGCGAGUUGGUGGGCCAGUGGGGCGCGGCGGUGGACCGCCUCGAAGAGUACCUUGCCGCCUCCUGGCCCUUCAGCGAGGAGGAGGUGCGAGCCACGCCCACCGCACUUGCCCAUCUUGCCACCGGCAUCGGAGCAUGGGCUGCCCAGAAGUUCGACCACCCUGGCAGCUUGACUCCGGAGAGGCUGGCGAGGAUUGCGACGUGCUUCUCCAAGGCCGCCACGGUGUUCUUGGACUGUGAGAAGAUCCGGGCGUGCUGCUGUCUGGCCAACUGCUUUGCGGGAGGCCCAAGAGUGGAACUGGAGGCUUACAGCACCUACUUCCACGGGACAGAAGAGUCGGGCAUGGCGCUUCAGUGCCCAGCAUUGGAGCCAGGGCAAAAGGGAGCGGCUGUCUUUUUCAAUGGCACCUUCUCUCCCGUGCAUGCUGGGCACCUGGCGACGGCUCAAUCCGCCGUGAAUGCCGUGAAGGAGGAGCUGGGCUUCGACAAGGUGACGGUGGUCUUCUCGCCGUGUCACGACUCCCACGAGGCCGGAAAGCUCAGGCAGCUCUGUGUUGGCGUGGCGCACCGCGCCGCGAUGCUCGAAGCUGCGGGGGCCACCGUGGACUUGUGUGAGGCUUACCGCGACACCGCGGCCAUGGACCUGGAAGGUGUGCAGUCCUCCUUCGUGCGGCGCUUGCCUGGCAACUACGAGGCCUUCUUCUUGGUGGGGGCCGAUGUGGCGAGCUGGAGGUGGCUUCGGAGGAAAGUGGCCCUGGGCCUCCACGUGCUGCUGGUGGUGAAUCGCCCAGGAUCCGAAUCGCGCAUCGAAGCUUGCGAGCGGGGCUUCCGAUCGCGGCCCUGGCCGGGUUCCCUUCACGUGGUUCGUGGCAAGGACACGGGCAAGUCCUCCACGCGGAUCCGCGCGGCCGCUGCUGGCGAUGGUGACUUGGAAGAAGAGGUGGGUAUUCCCAAGGUCGCGGCGUACAUUGCGCAAAAUCGCUUGUACAGAUCAGCCUUCGAUGGAGCGUGA